AUGGCCAGCCCUGUUCGUGCUGAUGGAGAUGCCCAGGUGGAGCAGCCUGUGGAAGCGGCUCCUGCCGCCUCAGGAGAUGGGGAGAGUGCAGCCCCAGAGGCCCCGGUCGGGGGAACCUCGACGACUUUGACGACCUUUCCUUUCAAGAAUGAAGACCUGCUUCGUGUUCAGGCUUCUCGUCUCCAAGACGCCAACCUUGGAAAAGCAGAGUUGUCAGCGGAAUUGUUUGCUCAAUGCUCGCUUUUGGAGCUGAAGUCUGAAGCUGCCCGCUGGCACUCGGCCAGCGACCAGGCGACCAAGGAGGGCACGAACGAAGAUAAUACUUUGGUCAAAGACGGCCCACUCACAGGCCGGAGCCUGAGCCACGUUGUGAGGGUGCAGGAGGGCAACAAGAAUCGGCUUCAAGCUCUGCGUGACGGGGAAAACCUCUACAGUUUUUCAUACUUCUCGAAGUAUGUGUCAGUGGAAGAGGGCUCCCUCCGGUCGUUUGUCGGGGACAUUCGCGAGGGGAAUCGUGACGCGGUCCUUGACGUGAUCAGAUGGACCACCCAAAAGAUGUCAGAGUCCCAGGAGAGUGUAGAGGACGAUGAAGUGCUGCCUGAACUUGACCCGUUGCAUUUGGAAGAUUUAGAUUUUUCCUUUCAGGAGGAUAUUGAACAUUUGAACUCGUUUGCUUCAGGUUUAGCUGGCAACAUGUCUCAGGACCUGGCACGCCAACAGUCCCCAGAUUCAGUUUUAGAUGCCGACCCGCUGGAUGAGGCUCAUGACGAUGGAGUUGAGGUCAUCGAUCGAACUGCUCAGGAGAGUUUUGAUUUCAAUACAGGUACGAAUGCGUGCAUUGUUGACAAAACUGAUUGGGCACUGACUGUGAAUCAUGCCUUUGAACGUCACAAAGCUUUGGACCCUGCCAUGAAGCUUCCGUGGGAACAACCUUCAAUGCAGGGAAUCUUUCACAACAGUCUGGGCCUCAACUUACCACAAGUGCAUGGUAUAGCUUUGGAAUUGCCUGCAACUAAGAAUGAAGAUAGAAAUCAAAUCUCGGUCAGCGGAGAAGUUGAAGCUUGUGCAGAUGCUGCUUUUCUGAGUGCAGUGAAGGACAUUCAGGACCUGGACUACUUUGAAAACAAACGACAGCAGACAGAUUUGGCUUGUGCAAAGUGGCUUGAUAUUCUUUCCAUAAACUGGAGUGCAUCUGCCAUUGGCCAACAGGUUUGUGAAGACCUCAGGAGUGAUCCGACUGGUGAGAUGGCGAACGAAACCCUCAAGGCUUGUUUUGGUACAAAAAGUUAUUCUACUUUGCUCAAGCGUGCAGGAAGUUUGAAACGUUUCAUUCUUUGGCACAGAGACCAUUACUUUGAGAGAGGUUUCAGUGUUGAUGCAAUACCGCUGCAUGAGCCAGACGUUUGGAGCUACUUCAGGCACUUGAGAGAAUCUAGAAUCCGUGAUGCACGUGGGUACACAGGACCUGCCACUUUUCUUGAGACGGUGAGGUUCACAAAGUUCACAAUAGCAUUGCAAGGUGCUGACAACAUCCUGGAAUCUAGGAGGCUGCAAGGUUUUGCAGCCAUAGAGAAACGUGAGAAGGGACCAACACAUCAGGCACCUCCUAUGGAGCUUGAACAUUUGAGGCGUCUUCAUUCGCUGUUGUUGAGCGCUGAUAGCAUUGUGGACAAGGUUGGAGCAGGUUGCAUGCUCUUGUGCACAUAUGCUCGAGCUCGCUGGAGUGAUCUACGCUUCAUCCAUCAUGUUGAGAUCGAAAGCAAGAGAAACGGCUGUUUAGUCUUGUACACAACUGAACACAAGACUUCCGCUGUUGGCGAAAAGAAGGAACAAUACCUGCCAUUUGUUGUCCCUUGGGAUGGAGUGACAAAUGAAAACUGGCUGCAGAUUUUCCUGGAUCUUUAUCAGCAGGUUGGGCUGAAUAUUCACAAGGUACCGCUGGGUCCUCUUCUACCUGCGCCUAGAUCCGGUGGUGGAUUCUGCGCACGGCCCUUGACCACGUCUGAAGCUGCUGCCUGGUUGCGAGGUCUUUUGAAGGGAACUUCAAAUUGGGAAUCCUUUCGCUCCCAUUCUAUGAAGGCUACCCUUUUGGACUGGUGUGCAAGGUCUGGAAUGGAUAAGGAAGUUCGAUCAGUGCUUGGGCAUCAUUGCAGUGCGGUAAGUGGUUCAGAAGUAGUGUACGCUCGUCAUUUGCAAGCCAGGCCAAUUCGGAAAUUGAUGAUGCUCCUCAGAUUGAUCAGGAUUGGCAUGGGCCUUGAGGAAAUCGCCGACAGAGGAAACAUUGCAGGUGUCACGCCGGCAGUAGGUACACCUGGACCUGGUUUUGGGAUUCAUGGUUGUGCUGCACGGACGCCUGUAUUGCCAGUUGAACAUGUUCAGGCAGAAGCUGACCCUGUUCAGGAUGCUGUAGAGGGUGUUCAGGACCACGAAGACCAGCUUAGCAUCAAGGAAGAGAUGAACAUUGCUACAGACGUUGCUGCCUCAGCAGAUAGCUUGAGCUUGUUUCCAGAAAGCGUUGUCAAACUUGGUUUGAUCGAGAUUGAUAGCUCGUCCGGCAGUGACAGUGAGUCGAGCAGCACAAGCAGUGAUGAGCCACUGGCUGAGACUUUUGAAGCUCGCGCUGCAUACACCGAAGCAGUGCCUGAAGGGUUGACCUUUUACAAACAUGUGAAAAGCUUUCGUGUGCAUGCAGUCCGAAAUGAACAGCAAGUGACUGUUUGCAAGAUGAAGAUAACUGGAAAUUUUCAGGAAUUGGGCCGUACCUUGAACUUCAGGACUGGCGGUGGGACCCUUAAGGAGCUGUCACCGGAGGAGCUCUUGGCAGAAGAUGAGGAGAUGGAGGAGGAGCUGACAGAUGAAGUGGAUGGAGUGAGACAGGUCCUCAGCUGUGACGUGGCGGGAGUCUUUGGUGGGGAAGGUGGGAAGGUCCCUGCGUGGCAGCUGGGACGUGCUUGGACUGAGAGUGGGCUGCAUGCCGACACGGUGAAUGGCAAGAGGACCAACGGCAUUCGUCAGCGAAAGGCGCUGUGGAAGGCCUUUCCGAACCUGAAAAGAAAGAUUUUCAGGCGCUGCGACGACGUGGAGCUGGCCUCGACGCGUGGACGAGAUCGAAGUGGUUUGGGUGGCUGUCUGGCGGUCACAGACGGUGUGAGGGAAAUCACUUGGCUGGAAUUGGCGACCGCUUCCAAGGUCGUGGCGAAGUCCUUGGCGAAGCUUGGCCUUACAGGCUCACCCACGUCGGCCUACCGGGUGGACGACCGGCCUGCAGAGGCUCCUGCGCCAAUGGUGGUGAUGGUUGGACACAAUGUGGAGAGCUUGAUCAUCAUCCUUGGGAUUCUGCGCCAAGGCUUUCCAUUGUUGCCCUUGUCCGUGACCCAUGCCAACAGGAGCCAACUUCUGUCUCGCUAUGAGGACGCCAUGACGCUCUUCGAGCCGGUGGCCGCCGUGACGGAUAGCGACCUCGUGCAGGAGCUGCAGCACUUCCGCCCAGCACUGCAGGUGGUGUCUGCCAGGGAGCUUCUGAAUGGAGACCCGAUGGUGGAGGACUACGAGGAUGUGCCCACGACCACUGACCAUGUGCUCUCCUAUAUCUUCACCAGUGGCUCCACAGGAAAGUCCAAAUGUGUGGUGGCCACCAAUCGCAUGGCCUGGGCAGAGUGCCAGUGGUACCCAGAGCUUUUUGAGAAGCUGGGCUACAAAGUGGAUCCCAAGAAGGAUAGGUGGCGCCUGGAUCAUGAGAUGGGCUGGUGGGGCGCAGCCUUCUUCGGCGAGGUGGACGUGGCGCUGGCCAUGGCCAUGUGCAUCGUGAUGAUGAAGCCGACGGAUCCGGACUGGGGCCAGCGUGGUGUGACCGUCUCAGGGGCUCUACCUUCACAGCUGAACAACUUGUGGCCCGGUGCCAAGAACAUUCCUUUGAGCCUUCGGGUGGUCUUCAGCUGGGCCGAGCGUUGCGACGUGGAACUGGGACAGGCAUGGAAGGCCUCCGGAGUGAAGAUGGCCGACCUCCUCAUUGCCACGGAGUACUUCUUGACCUUUGCGAGUUGUGGUCUGGAGGUGGCCUCCUGCGACGGGCGUCAGGCUCAUGCCAUGCGGCCCUUGGGCGGCGCCAAGGUCUUCAUCUUGGAUGACAGCUUGCAACCCUGUCCCAAGUCCAUGGACGAGAUCACCGGCCUCUUGGGCGUCGCAGGGCCACAGGUGACACCUGGCUAUGUGGAACGACUUGCCCCGGAUGGCCCAGCGCUGAUCGGUGCCGGACCCUUGAGCCAAGACAUGUUCAAGGUGAUUGAUGGCGAGUGGGUCUUGGUGCCCAAAGACAUCAUCAAGAUGCGACCGGACAAUAGCAUCGUCUCCAUUGGGCGAGGUGGCGGCACCGUGAAGGUGCGAGGCGGUGUUUUGAUGGCCACCAACGUGGCGGAGUUGCAGCUGACGGCGGGGGCGGUGAGCGCCUGUUGCAUCACAGAGCCACUGCACGUGGAGGGUGGUGCCUCCGUGGUGCUGGAGUUGCAGCCGGGGAAUCCGCAGGGCUUGCGGAAGAGCCUUCAAGAUGCCAGCUUCCUGCGGAUGCCCAUCUUGUACACAUGCAAGAUGCCCAGGAACGAGAGCACAGGCAAAGUUCAGAAGAGCCUGGUGCAGGAGCUACGAGUGAAGGAAGCACGCUUGGAGGCGCAGCAGCUGGUGGAGCAAGGUCGCAAGGAUCUCAAACAGGUGUCAUGGUACUGGCGCAUCACGAAGCCUGUGCUACUGGUCGUUUGCGGCGUCCAGCCACGCACCAUCUACCAUUUGUGUCAGGCCCUUUUGGAGCCAAAGGUCACGACGCUUGCUUGGGCCCUCUUAAGCUUGGGCAAAGAGAGCGUUCUCCAGUUCUGCCUCACUGCAUGGACCUAUGGUGCGAUUGCGCAAGCGGGCUCCUGUGGCAAAAGGUCCUUCGGCCUUCUAGUGCCACUGGCUGUUGCUGGCUUGGCGACAAGGUCUGGGAUUCUGCUGCCUGGUGCUUUGCUGGCCUGUGUUCUUCUUUAUGGCCAAGAGAAGUGGAAAGGAAAGGAGACGUGGCCAGUGCGAGCGUUCUACCAGAAGGUGGGCCGCUUGAGCCUCUCUGUGCUGAUCACGCUUCUGCUGCGCUUGCCGAUCCAGGGAACAACGACCUGCCUGUACUUGGUGGGGCUCUUGCUGCUCUAUACCUGCAACCGAAGGCUUCCAUCGGCGACUCCACUUCAACAAGCCACUUCCCUCGUACUGAGCCUCCUCGAGUCCUUGCGCUACCUCGCCUGCUUCCCGGUGCUCUUUUUGCUCACCUUGCCCAGCAUCAUGCAGUCUGAGUUUCGGGACUUCUCUUCCAAAAAGAUGGACGCGAUGCAGAACUUUGCCAAGCAGGACCGCAGCUACGAGGGUGCCUGUGAGCAGCUGGCGCGUGUGACGACCAGUGGGACUUGGUGGAAAAGGAUUUGGGUGGACGUGGACGCUGUGGAGGAGGACUCGGUGGAAGAUGACCCCAUGGGCGUGCCUGGGCGGAAGAGAGCGGAAGAACGAUGUGGCUCAGUAGUGAGCACUGAAGGCUCGGUGGCAAAGGAUAGAGACCAACACUGGUGGUCGGAUUCGCAUUUGAAGCGAAUCCUGCAAAAAACAGAGACAUGA